GCUAAACACACGGAUGCUGGCUAAACGUCAAUUUUUGCCCACUAAGCAUACACUGCUGGUCAGUUAACUUCUCACACUUGCUCACUCAACACUCGGUCAUUGUUUCUGGGCAUCUGCUCGUCCUUGCAUAGAGAUAAGCUUGGAAGGAGGACAGAAAGCAGCAUCUCGAUGCCUGCCUGGUGCAUCCCAACCCACCCACGGAGCGAGGCAAUCCAGCCUCGUGUGCAGGCCCUGCCUGCUUUGAUGUCUGCUAAGUCUGGUUUUCUUUUGCCGAGGACCACGCCACGCAGCACCGCGCACCCAUCCUCGGACGGCACUGCGCAUGCGCGGCCCCGCCCCGCCGCCCCGGCCACGUGACCGUCAUGGCGGCCACCAGGUACCGGCGCUUCCUGAGGCUCUGCGAGGAGUGGCCGGUGGAGGAGACGAAGAGGCAGCGCGAUUUGGGCGUCUUCAUUCGGCAACGCGUGGCUCAGGCCUUCCGCGAAGGGGAGAACACGCAGAUUGCUGAUCCUGAGACCUGUGACCAAAUGUAUGAGAGCUUAGUCAGAAUCCACAGCAACUACUACAAAAACAAGUAUCCACGCCUGAAAGACACAAGCUUCACUGGAGUGACAGUGCAAGAUUGCAAGAUGAUCCUAGCAACAGACAUUCUGAAACAGAUGGAAGACAUGAAAAAAGGGACAUGGAGAAAAUUGCGAGAAAGGUUUUACGCCAAGAAAUCUGAAGAGGACUUGAAGUGAUAGGCUGACUCCCAGAUUCUCCUCUGUAUAUAUUCCUAAAGCUCUGUGUUGCCAUGAUGAAUAAAACCAUUCAUUCCUCUUA